AUGACUUCCCUUGAUAGUGGAAACGCGAAUGAGUUGCUUGUAAUGACGUGUAUUCUGCAACUUGAUUUUAUAUAUUCCAGAAAAUGCCCAACCACAAACAGUGUUCAAGGGAAGUCUGCAUCGGUUGGUCCAUGGGGAGGCCAAGGUGGUCAUGCAUGGGAUGAUGGAAUGUUCACCACAGUAAGGCAAAUAGUUAUAGCGCAUGGCUCUAGUAUAGACUCCAUCCAAGUUGAGUAUGACAAGAAUGGAAGCUCGUUUUGGUCUGAAAAACAUGGAGGAAAGGGAGGCUCCAAUUUUGAAAAGGUCAUACUUGAUUACCCGCAUGAGUAUUUGACUUCAGUGCAUGGAACCUAUGGCAGCUAUGACAUCUGGGGACAUGUAUGUGUUCGGUCGCUUACCUUUGAGAGUAACCGCAAAAAGUAUGGACCAUUUGGUGUUGAGUCAGGCACAUAUUUCUCAUUGCCAAAAUCAGAGUCGAAGGUUACUGGUUUCCAUGGGAAGUCUGGUUCCUAUUUGGAUGCUAUUGGUGUUCACCUUCAACAAAUUCUUAAAGAGGAUAAUCCAUCGUCGAAAAUUGUUAUGCACUCACAUCAAAAUGUCCGCAAUGGUGGUGAUAAGGAAUUCGAAUACUCAGUGAUUCAAGGAAGUGUAGGUCAAAACUAUGACAUAUUUGUUGCACUCAAGAAGAAAGAUUCAGCUUUGCCUUCUCAUCAUCAGUCCAAAGAACAUACUGGUGCUGAGAUCACCAAGCAUAAGGUGGUGACAGAUACUGAGAAGGUGCAGCCAAAAACUGGAGGUGGUGCCAAAACUUAUGGACCUUGGGGUGGAGCCGGUGGAAUCAUAUUUGACGAUGGGAUCUAUACCGGUAUUAGACAAAUCAAUUUGUCACGCAGUGUCGGGAUUGUAUCCAUGAAGGUGUGUUAUGAUUCUAGAGGACAAGCUGUGUGGGGAAGCAAGCAUGGUGGCAGGGGAGGAUUCAGACAUGAAAAGGUUGUAUUUGAUUACCCUUCAGAGAUUCUAACACAUGUAACUGGAACAUAUGGACCGUUGAUCUACAUGGGACCUAAUGUGAUAAAGUCACUGACAUUCCACACCAACAAAGGAAAACAUGGACCUUUUGGAGAAGAACAAGGACCUUCUUUUUCUCAUAAAACGGAUGAUGCUAAAGUUGUUGGAUUCAUUGGAAGAGAAGGUUUGUUUCUUGAUGCAAUUGGUGUUCAUGUUAUGGACUGCAAAAUAAGUCCCCUCAAGCCAUCUCCUCACAAUGCAAUUGUUCCUCAUAACAACUCUGGAGUUGCGGUAAUCGAAAACUCCCCAUGGGCUAAUAAGCUAGUCCUUGCAGCAAACGGCCGUGGCGAAGAGUUUGAGCGUGGAGUCGUCAAAGAACCAACACCGAACGGGCCUGGACCGUGGGGAGGCAACGGAGGUAAACCAUGGGACGAUGGUGUGUUUUCAGGGAUCAAGCAGAUAUUUGUAACAAGAGGAAAUGAUGCUAUCUCUUCAUUACAAGUCGAAUACGAUAGAAAUGGACAAUCUGUUUGGUCCGUUAAACAUGGUGGUAACAAUGGAGUCUUCACACACAGGGGUAUUACGGACCUCUGA